CCCCGUCGCCGUGGCAACGGCGUGGGGCUGCUGCGCGCAUGCGCGGUGGGUCGGCCGGCCCUGCCCGCCGCCCCCCGGCGCCCCUCAGCCCCCUGCUCCCUCCGCACGCCCCGGGUUUCCCUCCGCUCCCUCAGGCUUGCCCGACGCCUACAGGUUUACCUCAGGUUUUCCCUCGCCCAUUCCCCCUUGGGCUUCCCAAAGUUACCUCAGGGUUUCCCGCCCCCAGGCUCCCCUCAGCUUUCCUCCCUUCGUCUUGCCCUACUUCCCCCUCAGACUUGUUCCAAGUCUCUCCCUUUCCCCUCAUCCCUCCCAAGCUUUUCUUCUCCUUAGUCUCCCCUUCUCCCCUAGCCAUUUCGCAGCAGCCCUCAGCUCUCCUUCCUCAUGCCAAAUUGCGGGGGGCUCCUUCCCCUCAGUGCCCCCAGCAAGCAGCGAACGCUCCACCCCACCGAGGGGUGCAGGCCCUGGGGUCAGUCUUGCCCCUGCCGCCCCACGGGCCUACCCAGGCCCUGAUGUGUCCCCCCAGCCUGGCUAAGUGAGUGCGUCUGGGGUUGAGCUGAGCCUUGAAAAAUGGCCUCCGAGGCGGUGAAGGUGAUUGUGCGCUGCCGGCCCAUGAACGAGCGUGAGAAGGCUCUCGGCUGCAAGGCGGUUGUCAGCAUGGAGAGCAGAUGGGGCCAGUGCUUUCUCCAAAACCCUGCUGUUGCCGGCGAGCCCCCAAAGCAGUUCACCUUUGAUGGGGCGUACUACCAGGAGCACAACACGGAGCAGAUCUACAACGAGAUCGCCUACCCACUCGUGGAGGGUGUCACUGAAGGCUUCAAUGGCACUAUAUUUGCCUAUGGCCAGACUGGCAGUGGGAAGUCAUUCACCAUGCAGGGAAUCGUGGAUCCUUCCACACAGAAAGGGAUAAUACCAAGGGCAUUUGAACACAUUUUUGAGAGUGUACAGUGUGCUGAAAAUGCCAAGUUCUUGGUGAGGGCUUCCUACCUGGAGAUUUACAAUGAAGACAUACGAGACCUUCUAGGAGCUGAUACCAAGCAGAAGCUGGAGCUGAAGGAGCACCCGGAGAAAGGGGUGUACGUGAAGGGGCUCUCUCUGCACACGGUGCGCAGCGUGGUGCAAUGCGAGCGGAUCAUGGAGACGGGCUGGAGGAACCGAGCAGUGGGUUACACCCUCAUGAAUAAGGACUCUUCCCGCUCCCACUCCAUCUUUACAGUCAAUAUGGAAAUCUACACUGUAGAUGAGCGAGGGCAGGACCACCUUAGGGCUGCAAAACUCAAUUUAGUGGAUCUGGCAGGAAGCGAGAGACAGUCAAAAACUGGAGCCACGGGGGAGCGGCUCAAGGAGGCCAGCAAAAUCAACCUCUCCCUCUCAGCUCUGGGCAACGUCAUCUCGGCCCUGGUUGACGGCAGGUGUAAGCACAUCCCCUACCGAGACUCAAAGCUGACCAGGCUGCUGCAAGACUCCCUCGGAGGGAAUACCAAGACGCUGAUGGUAGCGUGCUUAUCUCCAGCUGAUAACAACUAUGACGAAAGCCUCAGUACUUUGCGGUACGCCAGUCGAGCGAAAAACAUCAAGAACAAGCCCUGUAUCAAUGAGGACCCCAAGGAUGCUCUGCUGAGGGAAUAUCAGGAGGAGAUUAAGAAGCUAAAGGCCAUUCUAGCUGAACAGAUGAGUGCAAAUAACUUGUCAGGGCUUCUACCUGCUGAGACUGCUCACCUGGAAGCAAAGCCAGCUCCCCUCCUCAAACCCCAGUUAGAUCUGGAAGCAGAGAAGCAGCUGAUCAGAGAAGAGUACGAAGAAAGGCUGGCCCAACUGAAGGCCAGCUACGAAGCAGAGCAGGCAUCCCGUGCCCGCCUUGAAGAGGACAUCAGUAGCCUGAGGAAUCGCUAUGAUCUCAAGCUGUCUGCUCUCGAGGAGAACCUCAGGAAGCAAGCAGCUGCCAUGAGGACUGAAACCAUGCCUGACAAGCCACCUUUGCCCGAAGACUCUGGUGAUGCAGCAGAUGAAGAACCAACACCAGCCCAGGACCCAGCAGCACCCUGGACUGCCCAAGACGCUGGUGAUGUGAGCACAGGGAGCACUGGAGCAGAGGUGGCCGUCACUGCUGAGGGGACUUCCAUCCCUGCAGACCAGCAGCAGGUGCUCGCCAGGCUGCAGAUGCUAGAACGACAAGUGGUGGGGGGAGAACAGGCUGAAAACAAGGAUCUCAAAGAAAAACACAAACGCCGGAAAAAAUAUGCGGACGAGCGGAGGAUGCAGCUGGUGGCUGCGCUGCAGCAGUCUAACGAGGACAGCGGUGACUGGGUUCUGCUUAACGUCUAUGACUCCAUCCAGGAGGAGGUUCGAGCCAAGAGCAAGCUUCUGGAGAAGAUGCAGAAGAAGCUGCGGGCUGCCGAGACUGAGAUCAAAGAUCUGCAGUCGGAGUUUGAGCUGGAAAAGAUCGAUUACCUCGGCACCAUCCGCCGCCUGGAGCGAGACCUGAUGCUCUUCCAGCAGCUGCUGGAUCAGGUGCAGUCCCUCGUCCGGCGUGACUGCAACUACAGCAAUCUGGAGAAGAUCAAGCGCGAAUCCGUCUGGGAUGAAGAAACUGGUUGCUGGAAAAUUCCAGAGCCUGUCAUUCAGCGAACCCGCCUGCCGGCAGCGGUUCCGGCCCUGCCACAGCCCAAACCUACCCGAAAAAGCCCUUCAACCGACAGCGGAGACCGAACGGUACACAACAGCGCAGCGCCCGGCGCCGCUGACGAACCCUUCCCCUUCCAGCCCGAGGAAGAUCGCUACAAGCUGGCGCUGGAGAGGAGCGACAGCCAGGCCAUCGCCAGCAGCUACUUCCGAUCCACGCGAGCCAGCCGCCUCCUCUACCCCGACCCGGCCACGGACCGAGCCCCCAGCUUCGCCUCCGCCCUGCCCCAGCCCCGGCCCUUCCGCCUCCAGGCCCUGGCUCCGCACAAAAAAGGCGCACCCGGCCCCAACAGCCGCCCGCUCUGA